AUGACGUUCCCAUCCGAUAUUCACACUUUCCACUCGGGACGACCUCAGCCCGAUUCAUCGUCAAAAGCCAAUACUUUUGUAUCGGUCGAUCCAAGCAACGCAAAACCCCUUGCAACUAUCUACACCACCACCCCAAAACAACUCAACCAGACAGUCGCAGCUGCCCAAGCUGCGUUCCCUGCCUGGUCCCAAACUCCAGCUCCUCAACGUGCUGCCAUUCUCCUCAAGGCAGCCUCUAUCCUACGCAAGCGCAAUGAUGAGCUUGCAUUGACCGAGACGCUGGAUACUGGCAAGCCUUGGUCAGAGACGUCGACCGUAGACGUUGUAACCGGCGCCGACGUUCUCGAGUACUACGCACACAUGGCCGCAGGCAGCUUUCCUGGCCAAAACACUCGUCUUCGCCCGGACGCCUUUGUCCUCACAACCCAUGAGCCCCUAGGCGUUUGCGCUGGCAUUGGUGCUUGGAAUUAUCCCAUUCAGAUCGCUCUCUGGAAGUCAGCGCCAUGCCUGGCUGCUGGUAACUGUAUGGUCUACAAGCCCAGUGAGGUCACACCCCUUCAUGCUGAAACACUCGCCCAAAUCUACAUUGAGGCUGGUGUCCCUCCAGGAGUGUUCAACGUUGUAUACGGCGAUGGUAUCGCCGUAGGUGCACCCCUCGUGGCUCAUAGUGGCAUUGCCAAGGUGAGCUUCACUGGUCAAGUAAGCACAGGCAGCAAGGUUGCCAGCCAAGCAGUCACAGAUAUGAAGGGUGUUACUAUGGAGCUGGGAGGAAAGAGCCCGCUCGUUAUUCUGCCUGAUGCCGACGUCGAGGACGCGGCCGACACCGCCAUGGUCGCCAACUUCUUCUCCACCGGUCAAGUGUGCACCAACGGAACCCGUGUGUUUGUCCCAGACACGCUUCUCUCCCAAGUGGAGGAAGCCAUUGUCCAGCGAUGUCGAGAGGGAAUCCGCAUGGGUCUGCCACGAAAGACCGAGACCAACUUCGGUCCCAUGGUGAGCGCCGCACAACAGGAGAAGGUCAAAAUGUACAUUCAACACGGUCGCACAGUGGACAAGGCCAAGGUUCUAUUCGAUGGUUCUCAAGAGGCCAGCAUGCCACAGCCAACUUCUGACGGCUUUUGGGUUCACCCCGUUGUCUUUACCAACUGCACUGACGACAUGCGCGUGACGAGAGAGGAGAUCUUUGGUCCAGUUAUGUGCAUUAUGCCUUAUAAGACACAGGGACGCCCCCGCCAAGAGUGGCUAUCAGACCUCAUCGCCCGAGCUAACGAUACCCCAAUGGGACUUGCUGCUGGUGUUGUCUCUUCUGACGUCGGCUUGGCACAUGAAGUCGUUCAAAAGCUCGACGCUGGUAUUACCUGGAUUAACACUUGGGGCGAAUCUCCCGCGGAGAUGCCUGUUGGAGGCUGGAAGAUGAGUGGCAUAGGCUUGGAGAACGGCCAUGAGGGCAUCUCAGCCUAUAUGAGGACAAAGAGCACAUUGAUCCAGCUGGGUAGGGGAGCCUGCAAGGGUGUUUUCUCCAAAUUAUAG